GUACGAGCUAUCGCAUUUUAAAAUGCUUUUUCUCAGUUGCUGUCGACAGUUGUAACACAGUAGCGGAGGCAGCGCCACCAAGUCGACACUACACAUUCCGAGGCGUGUAUUAGUCCUGUUUCGAUAGCGACCACAGUUCGCAAAUUCCUCUAGCAGGGUUACAUCACGAAGCCUAGAUGCCAGACCAAAAGCAAAACAAGGCAAAGAGUGGUUUCAAACGUCAGCCAUAUUUUCUACAUAGUAACUUGGACGCGAUCUCGAAGAAGUCCAUUCGCCGGCUUGCUCGGCGAGCUGGGGUGAUCCCAAUGUCCGCUGUGAUAUACGAGGAGGCUCGGGCUGCACUAAAGCGUUUCGUAGUGAAUCUCGUACAAGACACUGUGGUGUACACACAGUACGCUAACAGAAGAACUGUAACGAUGCGCGAUGUCGUCUAUGCUCUCAAGCGCCAAGGUCGUCCGAUCUACGGCUUUGACUAG